AUGUCGCAGUACUCGAGGCGUCUUGACGCGCGCUUCCGAAAGGCUGGAUGGCUUCCUGCCAGCCCCGCUGUCCUCAAGGAAUGGCUUCUCAAUAUCAUCGAGGACACUACUGUUCGUGCACCCCGCGCACUUGCUCCCGUCAUUCAAGAGUUCAAAGAACUCAUCGAAAAUGAUGGUGAGAUGUACAUGGGCUUCAACCGCAUGUUCGAAAAUGCAACAGGGCCUGUGAAGGACUACAGCACUAUGCUGGCGCUUUUCAACAAAGUGAUCGCCGAAGCGCCUUUCUAUGGUCCCAUCGGUCCCCCUUUCUACAUGAUCCUCAACGAGGCUAUGAAUACCCAAGGCGGGUUCUCAGCCUUCCUCGCCUCUAGACUCAACAUUCAGUUCAAGAAAUUAUUCGAUGUCUGGGCCGCCUACCUCGAGUCCCCGGACUCCCGCUCCGUUCUCAAUGACGGACCAGGUGGAUGGUUCAGUCCGGAGGCUAUUUCAAGCAUGACAGAGGACUUUGGCGACCUCACCUUCCCCCAGAUCUUCGUUAGCGAUCCCUCUGCCCCCUGUUGGGGUUUCAUGUCAUGGGACGAUUUCUUCGUUCGCCAAUUGCAGCCCAACGUUCGCCCUCUCGAGUUACCAGACAAUGACAACGUCAUCAACGCCGCUUGCGAGUCUGUUUUCUACAACCUUCAAACCAAUGUUCACGAGCGAGAUCAAUUCUGGAUUAAGGGCGAGCCGUACUCCCUUAUCCAUAUGCUCAAUGACGAUGCGGACGCUCCACAGUUCAUUGGGGGCACUGUGUUCCAGGGCUUCCUUGAAGUUACUGGAUACCACCGCUGGCACGCGCCCGUCACCGGAACUGUCAAGAAGAUCGUCCAGGUGCCCGGAACGUACUUCGUCCAAUCUCCGGCGCUCAUUGGAGAGGGAGACAACCCCUACCUUCGCUCCCUGUCAUUUAUCACCUCCCUCACCACUCGCAUGCUUAUCUUCAUUGAGUCCGACAACCCUGCGAUUGGGCUCAUGUGCUUCAUGGCCAUUGGGAUGACAGAGGUCUCGACCUGCGAGGCUACCGUGGCCGUCGGCCAACGUGUUAGCCGUGGAGACGAGAUAGGGAUGUUCCAUUUUGGUGGUUCAUCCCAUGCUUUGAUCUUCCGACGUGAUGUGACCAUCCAGUUCGAUGGAGAAUUUGUGCAGCCUGGCGAGGCUGCUCUGGUGAAGGUCAGGUCGGCGAUUGGAGUUGUUGGAAGCGACCCUUCCCCUCUCGAGGGGAAGUCAGUGAAAGUAGGCGGAGGGAUCGAGUAUAGGCCUUCAAUGACUACGCGCAUCUCGUCGUCAGGAAUUCAUCCCCACAGUCCCAAGGAGCUUGGACAGGUCGCUUUCGGUGCGGUCAAGUCUGUGUUUGGACAUGGAAAGAAAACUUGA